AGAGGCCAGUGGCGAGAAAAAGUUGUCUGUCGCUGGUGCGUUGUUGCUUUUUGCUGGAGCAUGGGCCCCCUACUCCUCGUGGUCUUUUAUCACUAUCUGUACCAACACUGCACCCAUGAGACAUCGGAUGGAAAAGCGAUGAAGGAAGGCCAGGAGGAACAAAAGAAAAAAACGGACAGGGAAGGAGAAGAGCUUGAGAAUUGCAACAAAAGGAGGAGAAGAAACUCCGUUUUUGCCUCUGCGAAGUUUCCCUUCUUCUUCAACAAGGGCGGAGUCAAAACGCAUGGCUCUCCUCACCACAAGAGAUCUCAUCCAGGAGACCCAGAGGAUUCAGAUGUUUGUUCGACUCCGCGGACAUAAGAACAAAACUGCGAUCGGACAUCAACUAAAAAGGCGCCAAAAAACAAUCUUUUAAUGAGAUUCUUGCGUGUGCAUCGUGGACAAUUGGAACAAUUUUCCGUUCGAGUGCAUUUUCGAAUCACAUCAGAGAGACAAAAGCCUCAAGAACAUUGUGCUGUGAAGUGAUUUAAUUGAGGAAGUUCCAGUUAAUCCUCUUAGUUAGAAUUGUUUCCAACCCUUAAGAACUUCCUCCCAAACUCCCUUGCAAUUGAUUGAUUUUUCUGAGUUUUCGAUGCCGUAGAAGCCUCUCCGUGAAUCCUUUAUAGUCCCAAAUCCAAGGAUAAGCUGAGAGAAUUAUGUAGAGUAGAUGAGUUUAUUAGUGGCAAUUAGUAGAUUAUUUUAGGAGUGACCGUUUGAAACCAGUCGCUUGAAACUCCCAUGAGAUCUCAUUGAAUCUGCAGCUUGUGUAUUGCUUUGCAAAUUGCCUCAAGGGCUUUUUAGGUUUUUAGUAAAGUGCGCAAAAUUUGAAUGUGCCUCAAUUCGUCCCCAAUAAUGGACCAAACGUCUUCGGGAGCAAUUUCUACGACAAGUGGAAGCGUCAUAGUGCAACAAUUGAGUACCACCAGCAAUCCAUCCGACGCUGAAGUUAGUCUGGCUGGGAUUGCCAUCCCUGAGUCUACAAGUCGCGUCACCAGUCAUCCACCAUCCACCAAUCUUCCGGCAACCCAGCAGAGUCCAUCGACAGCAGCCACAGCUCUCAGUCCUCCGGGAAAAGUCUUCGGACGCAAUUACAACGGAACAAUGGUGAUCACCUCGACGCCCUCCAACGAAGCUGAACUCCAGCUCUACAGAGUCCUCCAGAGAGCCAGUCUUCUCAUCUACUAUGACACCCUCCUGGAGAUGGGUGGCGAUGAUGUUCAGCAGCUGUGUGAUGCUGGUGAGGAAGAAUUCCUGGAGAUCAUGGCUCUGGUGGGCAUGGCAUCAAAGCCAUUGCAUGUUCGUCGCCUCCAGAAGGCUCUCCAAGAAUGGGUGACAAAUCCCUCAGCCUUCCAGACUCCUCUGUCCAAUACUCCUGAUCUUCCAAGGACCAUGUACAGCCCUGAGCACACUCAAGGCUCUUCACGGUCUCCCUUCGGAUCCGGUAUCCAUUCCUCCAUGUAUCCCACUUCAGCUAUUUCUUCAUCCUCAACUGCAUCAUCCCUGAUAGCUCCCAACACUGGAGGUGGGAAUUUGUCUCUCAGCAGCAUUGCCAGUGGUCUUGGAGGGCAAAUUGGAGCACUAUCGAGCACUUCUUCCAGCGCCGGAGGACUGGGAUCAGGUGUUCAGCUGACUCCAAGUCUCACAGAGCCACAGAUCAAUAGAAUAACUCAGGCAGCAGAAAGGAUCGCCCAGAGUCCACGGAUAUCUCAGCUUGUGCCACGAUCUCAGAGUUCCAAGAAGCGGUCUUCGAAGGAGCUAGAAGCCGUCAUGGGAAUGAGUGAAUCCGAUCCGAGGAGAAUGGAUGAAAUCCGGAAGUACUCAGCGAUCUAUGGACGGUUUGAUUGCAAGAGACGCCCCGAGAAGCCUCUAACACUCCACGAAGUCUGCGUAAAUGAAGCUGCUGCCCAAAUCUGUCGGUUUGUACCAGCUCUCCUGACCAGACGCGACGAAUUGUUUACACUGGCCAGGCAAGUGGUACGAGCUUCAGGAUUUGGGCACUCGGCGGGAAUUGCACGAUUUGCCAUGAGUCAACAUAUGCCACGAGAAGAGGAGAUAGACACCCCAUCGGCGCCCAAAAAGGCCAGGCUAUCUUCGGGAGGUGGCAGCGAUGGCAACCUGGAGCACGGAAAGGAAAUGUCGGAGAACAAGGAGAAGAUCCUUUCGAUGUAUCAGCGAAUGGGAAAAUCCUUCGAUUUGGCAGAUUCGGCAAAAUUUUCAUUUUUAAAUUUUGCCAGAUAUUCACCAUACUCCAGGCCGGAGUUUGAUGAUGAUUCCCAGUUUUCAUUCAGCAACUCCAACUCACCCCCGUUGCAUGGUAGCAACAAUGGAGGAGAUAUAGAUUCAGAACCCCUGAAUGCAUCAAAUGAGAACAACAAGCACGAUGACAGCAAAGAUCUCCCGCCAUCAUCGCCGGACUCUCAUUCAGAUGGUCCGAUAGGCAUCCAGAUCAUCUCAGCUUCUGGAGGACAUAUAAUCGCCGUGGCCAAUCCGGCUCUUGCCUUGAGCCCAGCUCUGGGAGAGACCAUGAGCGUCAAGCGAGAACGCGAAGUCAUCUCGCCGGACAUCCGAUAGAAAGCCCCCAAAGUCCGAAGGGGGUCGAUCUCACAAAUCGCGCGAGUACCUCAUGUUAGUUUAGGAAGGAUAUAUCGUUAGGUAGGUCAGUUUCAAAGCCAGGAUUAGCAUUAACAGGAACGUUCGGGUGCAAUUAAAAUUUAUUAUUUUCGGUUUAGAAGCAAAAAUUCGGUGUAAUGAAAUUUACAUUUUUUUCGGUUUAACGUAUCUAGUCGAAUUCUAAAUUGUAUUUUGGGAAAAUCGUGAUUAAUUCAUUUUUGCAAAAAGACUUGGAAAUUUUUUAAUUUUUCGCGUGAUGUUUUUUUUGGAAAAAAAAUUAAAAAUAAUUUUGGAAGCAAACAAGAUUGAAUAAUGUGCCUCAUUGUAGCCUAUAUUAAGACUUUUAGAUUUUUAACAAAUUGCUUAGAAUUUAGAUAAAAUGUUUCACAUUCUGUCAUUUAUACAAAACUUUUUAGAUGAAAAUUUUUUAAUUUUUUUACUUUGUUUUUGUUAGAAAACAUCAGUCUGAUUUGUAUCCCUUUCUAAUAAUACCUUCUGUGAUUUUCAAAAAGAAAUCUUUAAAAAUUCUUAUAAAAUGGAAUGAAUCAGAGAUUAUAGUUAGAUUUUAAUUGGAUGAUUUGUGAAAGACAAUAAAGAAAAUUUUAUGAUAAAACCUGUCCAGGAAAGGAGAAAAUUAGUCUUCUGUAUCUCAUAAAUUAAGAUAAUAUACAAUCUUUGCUGGAAAAAAUAGAAUAUUAUUGCAAUAUGACUGAUGCGAUCGUGUAUUUCUGUAUUAAUUUUCUCUGCGUUCGCCAAUAAAUCAAAAUGAAACGGAUGCCACCUUUUAGAGUCAAUAAA